AUUUAUAGUUUUCGUGGAAUAAAUUCUUUAUGAAACUUCAGGGAUAGAAUAGACGUUUUUCUGGAAGACAGUUGUGGAACAGAACAACUGACAUUUUCAGGAGAAAGUUUUCAUCUAAUCCCCAAACCAGCCAGCAUGGAUCCUGAUGGCACUGAGCAAGGUCCCGAACAGACGGAGUCCUCGCCCGUCUGCGUGGGCACAGAAGUCGACCUCCAGAGACGGGAACGGAUGACGGCUGUCGUCCAUGACAGGGAGGUGGUCAUUUUCUACCACAAAGGAGAGUACCACGCCAUGGACAUUCGCUGCUACCAUUCAGGAGGGCCUCUGCACUUGGGGGACAUAGAGGACUUUGACGGGCGACCAUGCAUAGUCUGUCCCUGGCAUAAAUACAAGAUCACUCUGGCAACAGGAGAAGGACUGUACCAGUCGAUAAACCCCAAAGAUCCCACAGCUAAACCCAAGUGGUGCUCCAAAGGAAUAAAGCAGAGGAUUCACCUGGUGACGGUGGACCAGGGGAAGAUUUAUGUGACACUUUCCAAGGAACCUUUUAAAUGUGACUCUGACUUUUAUGCCACUGGAGAUUUCAAAGUAAUUCGGAGCUCUUCCUGAUUAAAAAAAAAAAAGUGUGACAAGGAGAAAUGUGUAUGUUUGAAAUGUUAGGAUUACUUUGUUUCAACACCAGAGUUCUUUUUUUCCAACAUAGGCACAACUGUAACUUACUUUUUAAAAAAAAUCACAGAAAACAGAGAUAGUAAAGUGCUUGGGUACUUGG